UCAAUCAAUUCGUCUGAGUAGCCCACAUGGUACUCGUAGGCUUUUCCUCUCUUUCUAAGGUGGACGGUCUUUUCCUCCCUUCACCCCAAAGAGAAUAAAGAGGAGAGAAGAGGAAGUGGGGAGAGGGAGAGAGAGAGACUUCAAAAAGCUGUAGUCUUUGCAUAGAAAAAUCCAAAUUUCUCUCUCUUCCUCCUUUUGUUCCAACGGAGCUUCUUUCUUCUGGAAUUCUCUCUGUCCUAGUUGCAGAAGAAAUUCCAAACCCUACUGCUAAAUUCGAGCAGUACUUUGCCACAAUUUCGCUGUUUCGCUCUAUUCCUGUGGUUCUUUUCCGCCAAAAAGUUUAGAUUUCUGUGGACAAUUCGAGAUGGGUAGCGGGGGAAGGAGGGGUUCUUGGGCUGUCGCUGUGUUAGGAUAAAGAGGUGAGGAGAAGAAGAGAGCAGUGAUGAGUUUCAAGAGCAGAGGAGGAGGGAUGGGGGGAGGGGGAGAGGUUUGUUCGAGGGGGAUGGUAUCGAAAAGGUGGACCUUUUUGCUUUGCCUUGGGAGCUUCUGCGUUGGUCUGCUCUUCACCAACAGAAUGUGGACGAUGCCUGAAGCGAAGGACAUUAUCAGGACAACUGGAACUGAAGAUAGCAAGAUGAACCUAGUCACCGGCGAUUGUAAUCUAAAAACUAUCAAUGAAAGGAGACAGGCCAAAGACAUCGUAGGGCAAGUUUCAAAGACCCAGCAUGCUAUACAGACAAUUGAUAAAACUAUAUCGAACUUAGAAAUGGAAUUAGCAGUGGCAAGGGCUGCACAAGAGUCUAUACUCAAUGGUUCUCCAUUAUCAGAAAAUGUAGUGGCAGCUGAAUCAACUGAGAGGCGGAAAUAUUUUAUGGUUGUAGGAAUUAAUACCGCAUUUAGCAGUCGUAAGCGAAGAGAUUCUGUUCGUGCAACUUGGAUGCCUCAAGGUGAAAAAAGAAAGAAGCUGGAGGAAGAGAAGGGUAUCAUCAUUCGCUUUGUAAUUGGUCACAGUGCAACAUCAGGUGGUAUAUUGGACAAGGCAAUUGAAGCUGAAGAUAGAAAACAUGGGGACUUCAUGAGGCUGGACCAUGUUGAAGGAUAUCUAGAACUAUCAGCCAAGACCAAAACAUAUUUUGCCACUGCUGUUGCUAUGUGGGAUGCAGAUUUCUACAUCAAAGUUGAUGAUGAUGUGCAUGUAAAUAUAGCAACUCUUGGAACUACAUUGGCUAGGCACCGUUCAAAUCCUCGAGUAUAUAUUGGAUGCAUGAAAUCUGGUCCUGUCCUGGCUCGAAAGGGGGUGAGAUAUCAUGAACCUGAAUACUGGAAAUUUGGAGAGGAAGGAAACAAGUAUUUCCGACAUGCUACUGGUCAGAUAUAUGCCAUUUCAAAAGAUUUGGCUACGUACAUAUCCAUUAACCAGCACGUGCUUCACAGGUAUGCAAAUGAGGAUGUUUCAUUGGGAGCUUGGUUUAUUGGGUUAGAUGUGGAACAUAUUGAUGACCGAAGGCUAUGUUGUGGUACCCCGCCUGAUUGUGAAUGGAAAGCACAAGCAGGCAAUAUCUGCGUUGCCUCCUUCGAUUGGAGUUGCAGUGGCAUCUGCAGGUCUGCCGAAAGGAUCCGAGAGGUUCAUCGCCGUUGUGGGGAAGGUGAAAAUGCUCUAUGGAGUGCAAUUUUCUAACUUGAGUGGUCUUAACAUGGCAUUCAGAGGAAGCUCAAAAGACUUCUGUUGUAUGAAUAUGCAUGUGUAUAUGGUACAUGGAAUGUAUGUGGCUUGAAAGAGGAUCAGAAUAGAUCUCUCUGGGGAGGGGAUCUUUUCCAUUUUCUAGUAGAAAAGAUCCUAGAUGGAUAAAGAAAGCAGGAAAGAUUAUAUAUAUGGGAGAGAGAGAGAGAGAGAGAGAGAGAGAGAGAGAGAGA